AUGGGUACUCAUAAAACACGAACAACUUCUUACCACCCACAAUCUGAUGGAAUGGUAGAACGAUUUAAUCAGACAUUGGAGAGGUACCUAGCAAAAGUUGUGAAAAAACGUCAACGAGACUGGGACAGCCACAUACAACCGUUUUUGUUGUCAUAUCGAAGCGCUGUUCAGGAAAGUACAUCAGUGACACCAGCUUUCGCAAACUUUGGGAGAGAAUUACGGCUGCCUGCAGACCUGAUCACCGGAAUACCACCUGAUGCUCCACGCAGUAUAACCGAUUAUGCAAAUGACUUGCGGAACAAAAUGAAUGACAUUUAUGAGCACGUCAGGUAUGACCGUAAAAUGAACAACAAAGGGUUUGACGAAAGUUCACUAGUGUGGUUACACAAUCCAGUUCGCAGCAAAUCUCCUAAGCUUCAAGCUAAAUGGGACGGACCGUACCGGAUUGUGACAAGGAUCAAUGACGUAACCUACCGGAUACAGAAAGGUGUCAGAGGUACUCCUAAGAUUGUCCAUGUGGAUCGACUGGCGCGUUAUUAUGGGGCCAAUAAUGCUCGGGACGAGCAUAUCUUAGGAGGGGGCAGUGUUACGCGCCACUAUUAA